AUGUCGUCGGCCGCCGACAAACCGGCCCGGCCAAAGAGCAUUCUACAGGCCCACAUGAAGCGACCUCGCGAGGCGGAGCCGCCGCACAUUGGCCUCAUCCGUUGGUUGCGCUCGCGCGGCGCGGACCUGGACGGCCUCGAGAUUCGCGAGUCGCCUGGAGGCGGCCUCGGCGUCUUUGCGACACGGCCGUUCGAGCCAGGUGCUGCAAUCGGCCUGCUCCCGAGUGCCGCAAUCAUCGACCCGGUCGCCGUGCUCCAUAGUGACGACGUGGCACGCGCCGCGCUGGCGCAGGGCGGCAGCGAGCCUUUCGCCUUUUGGCUCGCCCUCGCCUCGAUGGCGCAGCAGGAGAGCUGCGGCCAUCGUGAGUACCUCGCAGCGCUCCCGCGCGAGGCGCCGGACCCGACGGGCUGGCCGGCCGCGCAACGGCAGCUGCUGGCCGGGACGCCGCUCGCCGCGCAGGUGGAGGCCCAGCGGCGCCUCCUCGCAGAUGAGUUCGCACGCGUCGCUCCCACGGCCGCGCCGCGCGUGCCGUUUGACGUCGACGGCGCAGCCCUCUUCCCAUCCUUCCUCUGGGCGCGGGGUGUGCAUAUGAGCCGCUGCUUCCCGCGCGCGCUCGUCGACGCGGCGGCGCUGCCGCUGCCGCACGAGGUGCUCGCUUCCAGCACGGUCGACGCACCGCUGAGGGUCGAGCUCGCGGGCACGCUUGGCUGCCUGCUUCCGCUGUACGACAUGAUGGAGCACCGGUUUGCCGUGGCGCCGGGCGAGGCGCUGCACAACAACUACGGGCCAAAGGGCAACGGCGAGCUCCUCUUCACGUACGGCUUCGCGUCGGCAGAGAACCCGCUCGACUCGGUGGAGGGCAUCGUUGUCGGCUGCCGCAAGGGGAGCGGGCGCGCCGCCGACGAGCUCCACGCGGCGCGGCUACAGUGCCUCGCGGAGCAUGGCGUGAUCGGGAUGGACGACCCUCUCGCAGGCCCGUGCCUCUCCCUCGACGAGCUCGACCUCCUCCGCGCCUCGCUCGAGGCGAGGCUGCGCAGCCUGCCGUCGAGCGAGGCCGCCGACGCCGCCGAGGCGGCGCAGUUCUCGCGCGAGGGCUACUGCGCCGCCUAUCGCGCCGGGCAGAGGCGCGUGCUGCGCGCGGCGCUCGCCGAGGUCGCCGUGCUGGAGGGCAUCCUUGUCGUGAUGUGUGACCUGACGGCUGACGCGUGA